AGAGAUCUAAAGACUCUUGCAAGAGGACAAGAUGGUGAAGACACCAAGUUUUGACAAAAACGGAGUGAAGAAAGGUGCAUGGAGUGAAGAUGAAGACAACAAGUUAAGAGCGUAUGUCCAGAGAUACGGCCAUUGGAACUGGCGUUUGCUUCCCAAGUUUGCUGGUCUGUCUAGAAGUGGGAAAAGUUGCAGGUUGCGGUGGGUGAAUUAUCUCCGCCCAGACCUUAAACAUGGGAAUUUUACAAAAGAAGAAGAAGAUAUGAUCGUUGAGUUACAUAACAAGCUUGGCAACAAAUGGUCUGAAAUGGCUGCGUAUUUGCCAGGGAGAAGUGACAAUGAAAUAAAAAACCGUUGGCACACACAUUUGAAAAAAAGAGCUCAAAAAGACCAGACCGAGUUAGAAAAUGAACACAUUGGAACUGUUGAACCUGAUCAGACCAAUAACACUGAAGAGAAUCUUGUCCAGAACUCAGAUUUACAACUUCAGCAGGACAUUGAAAUUUUACUAGCUGAAUCACCAUUAUCUUCUUCAACAACCAACUUAUCUUGGUUAAAUGGGUUUGAUUCAGCAGGUUCAAGUGAUGAUAUACCACAACUGACUGACUAUGCACCAGUCGGAGAUUUCUGGACCGACCCUUUUUUUUCGGACAAUGAUAGCAUCAUAUCAUCAAGUGACAACUUGUUUUUACCUUCGGAUUUAGUUUACACAGCUUCUUGCCAGGAUAUGAUUGUAGCUGAUGAUGAGUUUUUAUGGUCCUCGUUGGAUUCAUAUCUUGAAUACAAUGGUCAGUUCAUAAAUUGAAGACUCGAGUCGAUCUAAGUUAUGACUGUUCUUUUCAUCAAAAAAUUUCUCUCGAUACUGUUAUAAUUAAUAAAAAUAUAUUG